UUCUGUUGUUCCAUUGUGUCCCUGACUGUCAGUGUGAGAUAUUAGUCAUUGACUUCUGUUGUUCCAUUGUCUCUCUGGCUGGUGGGAGAUCAGUCGUGUGUGAGUGUGUUUCUCCUCAAAUGGUCAGUGUGUCUAUGUUAUCACACCUGUGUGAGCAUCAGAGAUGGAAUUGGACAGUAAGCGCUACUCUCGGAUGGAGGAGGAUGGAGAACAACAUAAAGACACUGAGGCUGUGGGUGUGGCGAAUGACCAGUGCACUAUGGGUGAGGAGACGAGGUGUAAUGACAUCACAGUGAUAGAUUCUAACUCCACCCCCUUCCGGACCGCCCCUCUGAAGCACUGUUUAAAGACUCCGUCUGGACCUCUGGCAUAUCUCAUCACCACAGUGUGUCUGGGAGCGUUGUUGUUCGGGGUGGUCUGGUCCAUCGCUGAGAAGGAGUGUUAUCCAGGGGGGAAUCUGUUCGGCAUCAUCAUCUUGUUUCUCUGUGCUGUGUGUGGAGGAAAACUGGUCGGACUGAUCCAACUCCCCACACUGCCCCCCUUCCCCCCUUUACUUGGUAUGUUGCUGGCAGGUCUGGUGCUGCGUAACGUACCGUACGUAACUGAGGCGGUCUACAUUGAGCAGACCUGGUCAGCAGCUCUGAGGAACAUCGCUCUGGCCAUCAUACUGACCCGUGCUGGACUGGGCCUCAACCCUUCGGCUCUCCGCAGACUCAAGGCGGUGUGUGUGCGACUGGCAGUAGGACCGUGUACAGUGGAGGCAUCAACAGUAGCUGUGAUGUCUCACUUCCUGAUGGGCUUGCCCUGGGUCUGGGGAUUCAUACUGGGGUUUGUUCUGAGUGCUGUAUCCCCAGCAGUGGUGGUGCCCUCCAUGUUGUUACUCCAGAAGGAUGGCUACGGCGUUGAGAAGGGAAUCCCUACUCUGCUGAUGGCUGCUGGGAGUUUUGAUGACAUCCUGGCAAUCACAGGGUUCACCACCUGUCUGGGCGUGGCCUUCGCCUCAGGUUCUAGUUGGUAUAAUCUGGGUCGGGGGGUGCUGGAGGUGGGAGGAGGAACAAUCAUCGGAAUCAUUCUUGGAUUUUUCCUCCGUUUUUUCCCCAGCAGAGACCAGGAGGAUGUGGUAUUGAGGAGGAGUACGAUGUUGCUGGGUCUGUCUGUGUUUGCUGUGUUCGGAAGUAGAGUGGCUGGUUUCCCGGGAGCAGGAGGACUCUGUACUCUGGUCAUGGCCUUCCUAGCUGCACUGGGCUGGGGGGCAGAGAAGGGCCCAGUAGCAGCAGUGGUAGGGAGGUUCUGGGACAUCUUCCAGCCGUUACUGUUUGGACUGAUAGGAGCAGAAAUCACAGUAUCUACACUGGACCCCAACACAGUGGGUCUGGGUCUGGUCUGUAUCAGUGCAGGCCUGCUGGUUCGUGUUCUGGUAACUCUAUCUGUGGUUCUGUUUGCUGGUUUCACCCUGAGAGAGAAGCUCUUUAUCGCUUUGGCCUGGAUCCCCAAAGCCACUGUACAGGCAGCGAUAGGUUCUACAGCCUUGGACAUGGCCCGUGUGUCGGGGGAUGAGGUUCUGGUGAAGUACGGUCUGGAUGUUCUGACUGUGGCUGUUCUGGCCAUCCUCACUACAGCACCUCUAGGAGCCCUGGGGAUCGGCCUGGCAGGGCCCAGACUGCUGACCAGACACCCGGAGGACACACACGCAGACAGGAAAGAGGGCACUGAAGAGGACGCCCCAGAGUCUGUGUCGGGACCCGUGUCUAAAGGGGUGGAGCCAUGUGAGAGCAAGAUGUGAGCUCAGCCAAUCACCUUCCAGACAGCAGGGUCCAUUGGACCAGUCAUAAUUCAGAACAGACACUUUGACUGCAUUCCAAAUGGCUCCCCGUUACCCCGUGGUCCUGGUCUAAUGUAGUCCACUAUAUUAUAGAGAAUAGGGCUCUGGUCUAAUGUAGUCCACUAUAUUAUAGAGAAUAGGGCUCUGGUCUAAUGUAGUCCACUAUAUUAUAGAGAAUAGGGCUCUGGUCUAAUGUAGUCCACUAUAUUAUAGAGAAUAGGGCUCUGGUCUAAUGUAGUCCACUAUAUUAUAGAGAAUAGGGCCCUGGUCUAAUGUAGUCCACUAUAUUAUAGAGAAUAGGGCUCUGGUCUAAUGUAGUCCACUAUAUUAUAGAGAAUAGGGCUCUGGUCUAAUGUAGUCCACUAUAUUAU